AGUCCCACAAACCGAACACUCUCUCUCUAUUUUUUUUGGGUCCUUUCUUUCAACACCUCCUAUAAAUACGAAACACACACCUUUCUGGCAAAUCCUGCAAUCAAUUUCUUCCGUUUCAAUUCCCCAAGAGGAAAAAUAACGUCUCAUUAAAAAAAAAAACACACACACACACAAGAAACAUAACGAUGGAAAAUCACACUCUCUAAUCUAAUCGAUCUAAAAAAUCGAAAUUAAAAAACAAGAUCCCUUUCCUCUGGAAACCCUAGAGAGAAAGAACCAUGUCCGAUGCAUUUUGCAGCGAUUGCAAGCGGCAGACGGAGGUGGUAUUCGAUCAUUCGGCCGGUGACACGGUGUGUUCGGAGUGUGGCCUUGUAUUGGAAUCUCACUCCAUUGAUGAAACCUCCGAGUGGCGAACCUUCGCUAACGAGUCCGGCGAUAACGAUCCCGUACGUGUUGGAGGUCCCAGUAAUCCUCUUCUUACCGACGGCGGUCUUUCCACCGUCAUUGCCAAACCUAACGGUGGCUCCGGGGAUUUUCUUUCCUCCUCCAUUGGCCGUUGGCAGAAUCGCGGCUCCAAUCCCGAUCGUGGCUUGAUCCUUGCUUUCAAAACCAUCGCCACCAUGUCCGAGAGGUUGGGACUAGUUGGAACCAUCAAGGACCGAGCUAAUGAGAUAUUUAAGCGGGUUGAAGACCAGAAGUCUAGUAGGGGAAGAAAUCAGGAUGCAUUAUUGGCUGCUUGCCUCUACAUUGCUUGUCGACAAGAAGACAAGCCACGCACUGUAAAGGAAAUUUGCUCAAUUGCCAAUGGAGCCACCAAGAAGGAAAUUGGCCGAGCAAAAGAAUACAUAGUGAAACAACUGGGUUUGGAGAAUGGUCAAUCUGUAGAGAUGGGAACCAUACAUGCUGGGGACUUUAUGAGGCGGUUUUGUUCUAAUCUUGGUAUGAAUAUUCAAGCUGUUAAAGCUGCUCAGGAAUCUGUUCAGAAAUCAGAAGAAUUCGAUAUAAGGAGAAGUCCCAUAUCAAUUGCAGCUGCAGUUAUAUACAUCAUUACCCAGCUUUCGGAUGAUAAGAAACCUCUCAAAGAUAUAUCACUUGCCACAGGAGUUGCAGAAGGAACCAUUAGAAACUCAUACAAGGAUCUUUAUCCCCAUGUUUCAAAGAUAAUACCAAAUUGGUAUGCAAAGGAAGAGGAUUUGAAGAACCUUUGCAGUCCUUGAAACGACAAUUUUUCUUAACCAUCCGGUUCUUUGAAACAGCAUUUCGCGGCCAUAUUAAUUAAACAGCAUAGAUGCCAUUGAAACAGUUGUUUUUGAUGUAGUGAACUUUUGUAUACUUUUUGUUUGAAAUGAAAGUUGCUCCUUAUUGAUUGAUUGAUUUAUUAUUAUUGAAAUUACCCUUGUAUUUAACUGUACCGUAUGAUUUGGUUCAGCCUCCCAAUUUCAGUAAUUAGAGAGAGGGGCACAACUAAUAUAUUUAUUGAUGUAUUGUUUUA